AGUAGUUUAUUAUCUGGUGUUGUUCUCUGACAUUCACAUUUUCUUGUCCACGUUAGACCAAGUACAGUUCUUCAGCCCUGCAGAUAUAGGAUGACGACAGUGGCUGUCUUUAGCCCGAUGCUUUCAUCGUUUUACCGGCGUGCUUAUUAGUCAUACACUUACGGUUCUGACUACCGGUGAAUCAGCCUUUUCUUCUUGUUGAAAGAAUGCCUUUUGUCGAAAAAACCACCACAAUUGCUUGGUAGUGAUUGUGCAAAAGGGGAUUAAACCAGUUUUCAUAUUUAUGAAAGAGAAGCUUACAAUUAGGUAAAAAGAAACCUUAACUCAUUGACACAGCGUCUUGAAACGGAAUGCAUAAAAUAUUGUUCCUCUUUAGGGUAGGGGGUAGGGGGCAUUUCCGCUUUUCAGCUCAGUUGUCAGAUCAGAUUUGUCAUUUCUCGUCAGGUGUCACUCUUUCUGAAUCAUUGGGCAACGUAGCGUGUAAUUCAAUGGAAAACAUAAACACGUCUGCAAUGGCCUACUCGAGAAUGACGAUGCGUUGGUCGUUUUUGUUUGGUGUAUCACGAACAUUAACUCGUCAGAAAAAUCAUAUUUGGCUUCGAUAUUUCUCCGCGAAUGCCAUCUCACAUAUCUCUUCGAACAAGAAAGAAUUUGUCAGAAAAUUGUCUUCCAAACUAAAUGAUCCCGAUGUCUUUGGAACCCUUUCUUUGCAUGGGAGUCGCGGAUCACAGUCAUUAGAUUCAAUAAAUAAUCAAGAGUUGCCAGUGGAUGAAGGAGAUGUUGAAGAAGAGAAACAUCUCAGUUUUCAACCUGCAGACAGAAAGAGUGUUGAAGAAUUUGAAAAGGAAAUUAGCCAACUAAUUGAUAAACGCAAGCUAAAGGAUGCAUUGUUUUGUUUGGAAGUAACCAUGAAGGAAGAUAGAAUCCAGCCAUCGAUAGGAGUAUUUUCUUUGUUAAUUGGAGCAUGUGGUAGAGAAGGAUACAGCAAAAAAGCCUUCAGUCUUUUCAACCAGAUGAAGAAGAAAGGAUUCGACCCUAAAGAUUGCCACUAUACUGCUCUUUUUAAUUCAUGUGCAAACUCACCAUGGAAGGUUGAUGGCUUACAAAGGGCAAAAAUAUUGAGGCAACAGUUGAAUGAUAGAAAUGUUCUUCUAAAUAGAGCCCAGUAUCAUGCAAUGAUAAAAGCAUUUGGUCACUGUGGAGAAAUAAACACAGCCCUGCAAAUUGUGGAUGAAAUGGUCUCCAAUAACCUUGUUGUCACAACAGAGAGUUUCAGUUUUUUGCUUCAAGCGUGUAUCUCAUUACCUGAAGAAGGAUUCGCCCGUGCUGUUCUAGUCUGGAGGAAGUUAAGAAACAUGAGAGUUACUCCGUCAAUUUUUUCUUACAAUUUAAUGCUUCGUACCGUUCGCGAUUGUGAUGCUAAGGACGUGAAUGGCCAACAAAAUCCCAUUGAGUCCGUGUUGCUUUUGGAAGAGAAACCAGACUUGCAAGCCAAUAGUAUGCUGAACCAGUCAAUACUUUCAACGUCGGAGUUAAUGAUAGUUACAGAUCAACUGACGGUACGUCCGAACUUGCUUGCUGAAAAAAUCAAGUCUAGCAAUAUCAUGGCUUUGACUGGCCUAGAAAAAACGGAGAACCGGUUAGCCCUUUUGGGAGGUAUUGAAGGAUUUCUGGAAGAAAUGAACAAGGAUCACGUUCGACCAGAUAUCAAGACUUUUUCCCUUCUUUUGGAGACAAUAGCAUCGAACCCAAAAGAAGAAAAAGUGCUGAUGGAACAAAUGAAAGCAUGUGGAGUUAUCCCAGAUAUAAGCUUUUUAAAUAUGUUCAUAAAAAAGCGCCAAUUUAGGCAAGAUUACUCCGGAGCUCAGGAAAUAUUAAGUUAUUUUCAAGAUUACCAACUUUUUCCGGAUAUUAUGACGUUCGGGGUACUCGCCUUGGGCUGUCGUACCCUUCCAGAAGCCGAUUCUUUGAUGAGUGAUAUGGAAAAUGCAGGAUUCAGAGUGAACAUUGAAAUUUUUGGUUGUCUUUUGAAGAAUGCGAUUGUUCGCAGAAAUUGCUUUUAUAUCGUAGAUCUCUUGAAGCGAGCCGUCAAGAUGAAUCUAGCUUUAGAUGAAAAAGCUGUGAAACUGUUGGAUAAAUUCAAAAGAGAAACUAGCGAAGCCAUAGCCAAGCAUGAUCGAGGUCUGAAAGUUCAAAAAGUAUACGGAGAACGAGGAUUUAGGGAAUCUUUUAAAAUUUUCUGCCUUGAAUACAAACCUCAUAUGCAAAAGCUUGAAUUAGCUCUAGAACCGCAUCCUUGGCAACAGUACCGGUACAACUUGUCGAAAGAACGAGCAUCUGAUCCGCCGUGUCCACCUCUUAGUAAAAAAACUGUACAAAAUAAAAAACGAUUUAUAUAAUAUGGCACUCGAUUUUUCUUGAUACGCUCGUCAUCAGAACUUAGCCGAAGGCUAGUAUUCGAAUCACAACCUGGACGAGAAAUAAUUCCUGGUCCGGAUAUCCAGGAUAUGCGAAAAAUCUGACUUUGGUCUCCAGCAGAAGCGUUGCCCGGUCUUCCGCUAAUCAGGUUUAUAGAGUCCUCUGUAACCAGUGCUUCAGCUUCGCGUACCAGUAGGCCGGGUAGAUGUUCUCGUACAACGCAUGGCACCAAUGAUAAAUAUAAUCAGUACACAGAAGUUAUGGAAAAUAAAAUGUCUUAAUGAAUAAA